GGGGGAUGCAGUUACUCAGUAAGGCUGCUCACCUUAUUGUCCUUGCAUCAGCUGCACCACUUUCCUAUAUAUGCAUGGGCUGCACCCUUGUAAUGUAUCACCUCGUGCAUUUUGCACUGUAUAAAUGAAUCAAAUACCCCAGAACCUGGAUGAUUCCACUGCAAGCUGCGUGAUGAUGUCAGUGGCCGCGCUGUCGUAUUUUCCCGGCUCCUGCUGCACAGGUAGAUGAAGUGAUACGUUGCUCAGUGAGAAAUGGCGCGUAUUGCGUAACAGCAAGCGUUCCUGGCGGGGGGGCUGAUAGGAAGAGUGUGAGAGGAGGGGAGAAAACGAAGGAGGGAGAGGAGUGAAAGGAUGGGACGAUGGGAGGAGGGGGCGUACAUCUGAUUAACUCCUGACUGUACGAGGCGGCGGAAGCUCCCCGCGUGACCACAGAGGACCGGUGUGUUUCAUCUUGCCAGUUGCCUCUCCUGAAGGUGAAAAGCGCUCGCGCCCGGGAUAGCUGUCUUCUAUCUCCUCAUAUUCCCGUCCGCGUGACCUAUUGAGGCGGACGCCAUUGAAGAGGAGGCGCUCAGUCUUCAGUGAAAGGAUGUUGUGAUAAACAGACGGAGGUUUCCAGCAGGAUCGUUGUUGCUCACCACUCUGAGGCUGAACAUGGCUCUUUCAUCACUGCUGUUCCUGGGGUUCCUCCUCUUCGUUCAUGAGUUGGAUGCCCAAACUGUUAUUGGCUAUUCUUCUUCCUUCUCUUCCAUGGAUCUGCCAAGGAGUUCUUCGCCAACCAAGCAGACUAUUCGGUUCUGGCCUUCCUUGCCCCCCAGAGGGCGCAGCGAUGUGCCGAUCAGAGUCACCAUACAGGACAGAUUGACAACUAUUAACGCGGUGGACCAAGGGCAAAGAAUAACCCCUGAGACAACACAUUUCAGUCCCUCUUUGACGAUGACCUCUUCUGCUGAGAAUCCCAUCAAGGAGACAGUUGUAACUGAACCUACUUCCUCCAGGCCCAGGACGGACACAGCCAGAUUAGCUUUCAAACAGGCUUUCAGAAGGGGAGAGGUUGCUACAAAAAACCCAAAUGAACCUUUGAAUGUGAGGUCUUCCACCACUGUUGGGGAGACUGCAAAUGAUGGAUUGGGAACAGCUGGAAAUUCAGAGAAGGGAUCAGUCGGAGACUCGGAGGAUGGGGAUACACAAGGCUUGGGGUCAGGAACAGUAGCAUCGAAAAAGGAUGAUUUACCUCCUCCUCUACCAACACGGGGUAAUGAAAUGGCUCAAUAUCGGCUACAGGAACAAACCGUGAUGUCCAAAAUCUCUAAUGUAAAAGCUCCAACACCAGAGUCACACAUGUCUGUUCUGACCACAGCCCAUACGUCCACCACAGUCUCAACAGCACACCAUCUCGAGAAAAGAAUCCCACAGUCUUUGAAUACAACUCAGCAAAUACCCCAAACCGUUGGAUUACCAGGUAAACUGGCAUCAAAGAAUCGAAUUGGUCUAAACCAGAGUGCAGCUGUUUUGACAUCUCCCAACCCCACAUCGCCCAGUGCCAACCAGCACCCCCAGACUGCAGGACAGCUUCUGACAGCCAAAAACUCAAGCAUUCUGAAAACACAAUCAGCCAACGUUAGUGCUACACAGGAGCCUGUUGGAACGUCCACCCAAGACAGCAAAGCAGUCCAACUAGGAGGGCCAGCAGCAGGCACUACUGUGCGGUCCUCAAGGACAGGAAAUUUGUCCCUCCUGACUCCCAGUGAUGUCCCUGCUCCACGAUCAAGAUUUUCCCCCACAUAUCAGGCUAGUGUUGUUCAGAGGAACCACUCUUUCCCACUGGGGCAUCCUUACCAAGCUCCUUAUUCCACUUACAACCCAGCCCCAUCUCCUAGUGCCCAUCCGUACCCUAACGGCACGUUUCUUUACUGGGGUGAUUUGAGCCGGACGCUGGCUUUUGCAUGGGAACUUCACGUCUACGGGUCCGGAAGCCUCUUCCUCCUUCUGUUUGCUGGCGCCGCUCUUGGUCUCACGCUGUCCCCUGCUACCAAUUGUCCCCAUCGCGGUGCUCUAGCUAUUGCUAAUGCUCUACUGUUUCUGGCUGGAGGCCUCAGGGCAGCUCUGUUUUUCAUUGACCCUUAUGGCACACGGAAAGUCCUUCCUCACUCUGCAGUUGCAGUCCUCUACAACCUGCCUCUGCAUCUGCUGGUGUGGACACAGGCUUCUUUGGUGCUGUUGGCAUUAAGGACAACAGGAAUCAGUGUCUUUCCUGUGACUAUAGAGCAUCCUCCUCUGGUUGGUGUUUUAGCCGUACUACAUUGUACCCUGUUGUUAGGUGUGGAUCUGCUGUCUGCAGCCCUGUCCCCUGUGGUACCUGUUACCCUGCAGGUCCUGUCCCUUUGUUGGGGGCUCGCUAUAUGUUUAGGCUUUCUUUGCUUUGUUUUCCCUCGCAUACGCUGCCCUCCUAUUCUCAGCCAUGGAGUACCAAGUGAAGUCAGCAGGAAGACUUGGUCAGGAAACCAGACAAUAGGAGUAAUUUUAGGGAAAGUUCUGGUAGUCUGUGCAGUUCUUGGGGCAUUAUGCUGUGGAUUGCAUGUCCAUGCCACCUUGUGGCUCUAUGGGUUUUUAGGAAACUGGACAAGCUUCAAUUGGGGGUGGUGGCUUGUACACUUUUGGGCCAGACUGCUUGAACUGGGAUGGGCGUUUGCCCUUUUGCUUUUGAGUUCCUGGGUGUUCUGGAGGCCUGCAGGACCUCGGAGAGGGGAUGAAGGAGGACAGGAGGGCAGGCCAGCUGGAGACUUGCCAUCACCAGGCCAGUCUGCAGGAUCCCCCCAAAGGCAUACAUGCUGGUCCAAAAUUGUGCAAAGCUUGAGGGGAAAACCCUGCAGGAAGUCAGACAGCAACGGUGUGGGAGGAGGAACAGGGGAGAUUCCUAACAACUGGACUGGCCAAGAGCGUGCUGGAGCUGAUAUUAGCAAGAGCUUAAUUAGGAAUCAGAACCACGAGCAGAGUGCCAUCCAGCCUGGUUGUGUGAAGGACAGUAACCGCGACCACAACCACAGAGACCAUGCUGCAGCGCAAGGCAUGUCUGGUGGUUUUGUUGGCUCUGGGAUGGUCUUACAGCCACUGGGCCGCCCUCUGCAGCGCUCAGUCAGUGGCAGUCUUGAUCACGACAGGGAUACUUCCUUGUCUUUCUGUGAGUUUGACCUGCGACCCCCAUCCCCCAUUGACUUGACUCGAAGCAUUGAUGAAGCUCUUCACAGAGAACACCUGCUUGAAGGAGGGAGUCUCUUUCAUCCUUUGAACUCACAGUCACCCUCCCCGCGAUCCGCUGUCAGCCAGGGUCCCUGGCUUCGCAGGAACAGUGACCCGCAGAUGCUCUCAGAGAGCAGUGACGCUCCAACAGAGUCCUCCAUGCCACUGGGGGGCAGCAUUCUCAGCAGUGUACCCAGCAGGCAAGUGACUGCUCCCCCAACACCUUCCCACCCAGGUAACAGGUGGGCAGAAAACAGAGUCCUAAGCGUACCAUCAUCGGUGUCCUGCCCAGUGUCACUUCGACCAACCAGAACGUCGACGGGGCACCUGGGCGAGGAGGACACUCGACCCUUUAUUACUCCAGACUCAGAAAAGGCGCGAGGGAAAUCCGGGAGGUCCGUGGGUUCCCGGAGUUACCUGGAAGUCAGUCGACACGACGAUUCUGUCAGUGCCAGCAGUGAAAUUAUUGACCUCUGAAAUCAAACGGUGGACUGCAGUUACCAGAUGAGAACUCCUUUAAACACUGGGUUAUCAGGAAAACUCCUAAACAUACUUUUUAAAGAAAAGUAUAAAUGAUUAAGAAAAAGGAACAAAAGAAAAAAAACUGCCUUUUGCCUUUUUAAGAAAUUAAAGACGUGGGGUUGUAGAAACAACUAUUUUUUACUGCUGGUGCAAAGCACGAGUAGAUAGAGCACAAAUUCACACAACUUAUUCUUUCUUUAACAAAAAUCCUCUUUUUUGUAAGUCUUAAGCUUAACUACACUGGGACCACACUCAAAAAUAAAUUUUAAAAGUCUGAGUAGCACAUGAGUCCUUUAAAUAUCCUUUGAAUUUCUACAUACUGUCAAAAACACAUUUUCAAAUGUUCACAUCCCUGAAGAACAAAUAUUACUACAUUCAUCUUUAAGUCUCCUUUUAUUCCCAGUAAAAGAACCAAUCUGCAUUUAAAUGCUUUUAAAUUUCUUCAUUUAAUUUCCUUUUGUGACAAAACUUGUGCCAAACAUAAUCCUAGUUGCUGUUCUCUUCCCAGUAUCUGAGCUUCAUAGUGACUCGAUUGCAGAUUACAGCCCGUCUAAGCUGUUCUCGCUGGGCUUCAGGUGUGCCUGUCAGAUCUGUCCUGUAGUUUAAAACCGCUUAUGUAAAGAUCUAAGUGAAAGGGAACACACAUGCGAACACAUCUAAAUAUUAGGAGCUGAUAAAUUGCUGGAUGACAAUGUAUCGAUUGAUGUUAAACUGUUGCACUAAAAAGUUUUUUCUAUCACUAUACAUGCAUAAUUGAUGCCUCUGACUGCAUUUCAUGCGGUUUGAAUGCAAAUAGUAAAUGUAUCAGCUCUUUUAAUUAGUUCAAGUUUACUGGAAUUGUACUGCAUGCUCCACCGCUUUGCAGGGCUGCAGUACACAAGACUGGCUUAGCACAGACUUCAAAACUCAUUUACUCAACCUGACUCUAUAAAGAAAGCACUUAGUCGUACUCUAAAGUAUUUUACAGCUUUAAAAGCAAGCAUUUCUGUUGAAGAUGACUAUAAGAAGUAAUGUAAAUAGUUAUUUUUGUUGUAAAUGAACAAAGGUGUAGUUGAAAUGUAGUCAUAGCUGUUACUGUGAAAGACAAUCUAAAGUGGUUUUGCUCGUAGAACUGCACCGCGCAGUUUUGCUGAUUUUGACGUGGGAUUGUGGCCUGUUUGGGACACAGAAGAGCUGUGACAGUUGAUAUUUCUGGGCUGUGCUCCGGACUGUGAUAAUGAUCCAGGUUUUGCUAAAUGUAUAUUCAAAAUCUGAAGUAGUUUGAAAUUUUUAUGUUUUAUGUUAUGAGAUACGUUUUUAAAAAAAGGACAAAACAUUUCAGUGGAAACAUAUUUAGUUUAUUAAUUUUACUGCAAAUUAUUCCUGAUCCUAAAAAAAAUAAAAACUUGGUGGCAUCCGUCCAAGUUGUUACAUUUCAUGCCACCUCUUUACCUUUCAGUCUAGUGAAAUGAUGAAGUUCAGUCUAUAUGAAAGCCAGUCUUUUACAGUCUUUUGUUGUUUUUGACAUUCCAAUUGAACCUUAGCUGUACUUCCAAUCUCUGUUUUACUACGUUGCCUCUGUGACUCCAUUUGCACGGGUAGUUUUGUUCCAAACAACAUCAUGUGCCCUAAAACAUACAGUCAUGAUGUCCUUUAAGACCAGUAAUCAUUUUAUGAAAGUACAGUGUUAGUUUCAUGUGUUUACUUUUCCCAUUGAACUGUUGUUCAUGUAUUUUUUGCUGCGUUUCAUGGCCGGAUUCAAAUAAACCAAAUAAAAGAAAAA